AUGCCAUAUGCGGCACCUAGAGACAGCGAGGGGGCUCCCUUCAAACGCUCUGAUGCACCUUAUGAACGUCAAAAGCAGUCAGCGGGCGCCGGGCCUCUUUCAGAUUGCUACUUCUAUCCUGACAACACUGACAUCAAUAUCGACAUUGACGACCCAGAUGUUGUUCCACCUGUCGAGAUAGCCAAGAAACUGUUCGAGUCCUAUCAGGUAGCGGUCCAUGAUCCGUUCCGGAUCCUUGACAGCUCAUUCGAGGAGCAAUUACAAACGUAUUAUCGGGUUUCCCAGCGCGGCGGUACAAUAAACGUCUGCGUAAAGUGGAAAGCCAUCCUUAACCUUGUUUUCGCCAUCGGAGCACGCUUCUCGCACCUUGUUGGCGACGACUGGCGAGCCGAUGGCGGCGACCAUCACAUAUAUAUGUCGAGGGCAGUACACUUCCUGGGAUUGAAUCAAACCACGACACUCAUUUGCGCUCCUGACAUUUCACUCAUACGAGCGACUGGGCUUCUCUCCUUCUACCAUCUGACUAUUGGUUAUGUUAAUAGGGCUUGGUAUGUGAUUGGUAUGUCCAUUCGAUAUGCGCAAGCAGCUGGUCUCCACCUUAGGAACGAGGAUCCCUCCGUUCCGACGAGCAGAAAGAAUGCAUUGGCACAACUCUGGUGGGCCCUCCAUUCGAUCGAAUGUGUCCUCACUUCCGUAACGGGACGACCGCGUGCCAUAGCAAUAAAGGACUGUACAGUCCCCCUUCCGACAAUCAUGACGGAGAGAUGUAGUCCGAGGAGCAGUUCACCGCCAGAAGGCUCCACGCCCCGAUCGAAUCCCAUACCGCCCGCGCCAUCAUCGACCCAGAGUCAGGUCCGGCAAUCGUUCAACUCUAUAGAAACGGUCACAAAUCCAGACUCGUUCCUAAACGCUUACGUAGGUCUUGAUCUCAUUCAGCACAAGAUACUGUCUAACCUCUAUUCUGCACAACCCGCUAUUCACUCAUGGAAGCGUAUGCAGAAGGAGAUAUCCUCGUUAACCACAGAACUGAACGAAUGGGCUCUGCAAGCACUUCCGCAUGGUUCAUUCAGUACAGCAUCGAUCGCGGAGCCUAGCCUAGGGCGCGAGCAAUCAGUGCUCCAUUUCUGUUACCUGAGUGCUAAGAUCUGCAUUACUCGACCUUGUCUGUGCAGACGGGACAUACGCCAAAAAGGCCAAAGCGAGGAGUCAGUCGAGUUUAAUUGGAGGACAGCCGAAGCUUGCGUUCAGGCCGCCCUAGAUUUGGCAUUGUUGCUGCCUGAACCCCUUGGUCCCCGAUGGAUCUACGAGAAAGGACCGUGGUGGUCGAGUGUACACAUCAUUAUGCAGGCUAUAACGGUGCUGCUCCUCGAGUUGGCGCAGGGAGCAAUUCAUUGGCCAACAGAUCCGUCAAACAUCGCCACAUGCGUGGGGAAACUCACUCGAUGGCUGAAGGCCAUGAAGUCCAAUGAUGUCGUCAGUGAACGUGCAUACAACAUCGUAUGCAAGAUGCUAGGCAAACAUGAACAAUCUAGGGAAGAUGUCGCGACUGGUCAAUGGGCAGCGGAGAUGGCGGAACAACCCUACAACGAGCCAACAGCCGCAUCCUAUAUGGCUUCUCAACCGUACGACGACCUAGAUCUCCAGUAUCUCCAAGAAACCCCUUGCCUCGACACUUAUUUCAACGAUGAUUAUUACUCUCAAGCCAACAGCGGGAGCUUUGAUCUCAACUCCCUGGCGUGGCCUUUCAACGAGCCCCCUGCAGACUUUCUGUUCGGCCAGGCACAGUUACCGUUGUUCUUUGGGAAUCAUCGCAUGGCAAACUUCGACCAAGGGACGGAAUACUACGGCCUGGACAGUUCUACCCAACACGGACAGCAGCCCCCACAAUAG